UGCUUGACAGUUGCCUAUCACAGAAGUCCUGUGAAUUCAACACUACAGACUUAUCACUCGCAGCAUUAGCAUUCUGAAGUUUAGCUUCAGGACACAUCUUGCAAACAUGAUCAAGAAAAUUACGCCUUCGGAGAACGAGUUUGACAUCCCAGCAAAAAACUGUUACAGGAUGGUAAUUCUGGGUUCAACCAAAGUCGGCAAGACAGCGAUCAUCUCCCGGUUCCUGAACGAAAGGUUCGACGACCAGUACACGCCGACUAUUGAAGACUUCCAUAGGAAAUUCUACAGCAUUAAGGGGGAUGUUUACCAAUUGGACAUUCUGGACACCUCUGGGAAUCACCCUUUCCCUGCAAUGAGGAGGCUAUCCAUUCUAACAGGUGAUGUAUUUAUCCUGGUGUUCAGCCUGGAUAGCAGAGACUCCUUCCAGGAGGUUCAGCGUCUGAAGCAACAGAUCUUCGAGACCAAAUCUUGCCUGAAAAACAAGACCAAAGAGAACGUGGACGUUCCCUUGGUGAUCUGCGGAAACAAAGGCGACCGUGAGUUCUACAGAGAGGUCCAAGAGGAUGAGAUCCAGCAACUGGUAGCAGGCGACGACCAGUGCGCCUACUUCGAGAUCUCGGCAAAAAGGAACACUAACGUGGACCGCAUGUUUCAGACGCUGUUCACGAUGGCCAAACUUCCCAACGAAAUGAGCCCAGACCUCCAUCGGAAAGUCUCGGUGCAGUACUCCGAUAUGCUUCACAGAAAGUCUUUCAGAAGCAAGAAGAUUAAAGACGGAGAUGCGUACGGAAUCGUGGCGCCGUUCGCCAGGCGUCCAAGCGUGCACAGUGACUUAAUGUACAUAAGAGAAAAGGCGAUCGGCGGCGGUCAGGCGAAAGAUAAAGAGCGCUGUGUUAUCAGCUAAGAACUGUUCCGCCAGCGUGCAGGAGAACUACUACUAUGAGAUGCGCGCAACUUGCUCGUCGCCCUGUGUGGAAGUCCCAGCGACAAGAGACCCUAGCUUCAAAGUGAGGUGUUUGUCAUCGUCCUGAAUCGUGGGGCUUCGCGACGUGGAAGCAUGUUCUGUUUGCGACUUAUUCUCUGUGGCGUCUUGGCACUGCAUAGUGACACGUCUUCAGAGAACCCGGACUGAGCUGUUCAUUUCAACAACAAGCUGUUAAAAAGUCUGUGUUUCAAAGUCCUUUGCAGAAAGGUGAAAAUGCAUUCCAGUUGUGGGUUGCAAUAGCGAGGAAUAGACCUACUGAUGUUUACAUUUUGUUAUAUUUUAUAACAGAUCAUUUUGAAUGUUUGUUUUGAAAUGAACAAAUUCUAUUGUGAAUGUAUAUUUAUUACUUCGUCAACGUUUACGUUUUCAAGGAAGAAAGAAAAGUAUUAAAAAAGAAAUCAUAAAACAUAA